UUGAAGACAGUACCUUUCGAAGAAAAAGCAAUAUCUUAUUUAAUAGAAGUUUUGCAGGAUCAUAGUACACAUGGAAUUAGCAAUCCUGAUGAUGUUAGUUUAGCUCUUGCUAUCAAUGAACAAUAUCCGAAAAUCGUGAAUAAUUCUCAAUGGAAGAAAGCUAUAUUGCACAGCUGUGAGACUUGUGAAUCUAAAUGGCUCAAUCCACACAUUCUUCAUCACGAUAAUUUAACAAAGUUGUCUGAAGCCAUUCAUGCAAAAACAAGCAAGUUCGCCACUGAGACUCAACCGAAUUAUGAAAAUAGAAUGCAUUCUGUUUGGAACACAAUAAUUCAAUGGUUUAUCUCUCCUCCUGGAGAGAGUCACAAGAAGAAUAUGGUCACAUUUGAGACAUUUUGGAAAGUGGUAGUAGAUGAAUGUCUUUUUCAUGAGGAUACUACACAUCACAGGAAAUUUUGGGGAUUUCAAUUGUUCGAAAAAGCUCUAACAUCAUUACCACUGGAAAAAACGCCUUCAAUAUUUACUCCAAAUCUUUUACGAACAUUAAUGAACAAUUUUGUCGACAAAUCACGAUACUUGCACGAGGCCGUUAUGCAUAUCUUGUCUGUCUUUGAACAAGUCGAUAAAGACAAAGCUGUAAUCAUAGUAAUGCAACUUUUAGGUCAUAAUUGUAACAAAAAUUUCGAUAGAUUCUUUAAUACUAAAGCUAUUAAGAAAGUUUUUGGCACAUUGGAUAGCGAAGCACUUGAACAAUAUUUAUCACAUCUUAAAAAAAAUUUUUUAUAUCCGAAUGAAAUUCAAUUGAGUGAAAAUAGAUCAAUCGAGCAGCACCGUCAAUGGAUUGUGAACCAUCUAUACACUUUUUUAAAGGAUUCUCAUGUAAAAUGUCACGAAGGAUUUUCGAAAUCUAUUUUGGACUUUUUUACUAUUCAUGGAUUUUUCGUUUCAAAAGAUUUGGAUACCACAAAGGAUAAGAAGAAAACCUCUGAGGUUGAAUCACAUACCAAAUCCUACAAUACACGUUCUUCAAAAAGAAUGAAGCUUGACACGGGAAUUUCUGAUAAUUCAGAAAAAACUCAUGUCUUAUUUGAAUUACCAAUACCAAAGCUCUCAGAGAAAACUCAAAAGUGUUGUCGGACACGUUUUUUUCAUGCACUUGGCGAAUUGUGUUCUAUUCGUUCUUUAGACCAUGAAACGUCUAGCCAUAAAUUAAACGGUACCAUGAGUGAUGGUUGUGCAUGGGCUUAUUAUGCUGUAAAUUUAAUGAAAAAGUAUGAUGACGAUUCUCGAAUAGAGCCAUUGAUAAUUUUAAGUAAUGAAGCUCAAAAAAUGAAAGAUGAAGUCAUUAUACUUUUGCAACAAAUCAAUGAUAAGGUACAGAGUGAACCAUCAACAAAUGAUUCUACAAACACUUUACAAUAUAAGGGUUUUAUAUUACUGUUCUCUUUCUCAAUUCUUGCGUUGUACAUUGAGCCAGACGAUUCCAUGAGCGCCUUAAAGUCUUCAAAAAAAUUGAAAAACACAAAUGAAAAUAAUCAAGAUAUGCAUAACCCUGUUGAUGUUAUUGUAGAUAUUCUACUUGGAUUUCUUGCAAAACCAUCUUCAUUUUUACACAAGAUGUCGGAACAAAUAUUUAAGAUUUUUUGUGGUGAUAUCACAAAAUCGUCAUUGGAUGUAAUGAUUGAACUGUUGAACAAAAAAAAAGAUAAUGAAGACGACCAAAUGAUGGAUAUUGAUGAUGUUGAUGAAGGCA